AUGACCGUAAAUGCACCACCAAAAGAGCCAUCAAAAUGUGCAAUCAAAUCAUUGGACUUCCUAUUUUCAUCGGAAGAGCUCCAGGAUGGAAUACUAUUCCAGUCGAAAAGAUCUCCAAAACCAGCACUAGAUCCCAACAGGGUCACUAAAUUGUUUG